GGCCGCGGGCCGGCCUUAGUGACUGGGGGCGGCGGGCCCGGGGCCGCGGGCGCGGGGCGGGCGGCGGGCGCGGGCUGCCUUCGUCGGGUCCCGAGCCCGCCUGGAGCGAGCAGCUGCCCGCGAGCCGCCGCGGAGCCUCCUCGCCCGCUCCCGCCGGCGAGCAAGAUGAUGUGCGAGGUGAUGCCGACCAUCAGUGAAGCGGAGGGCCCCCCAGGAGGGGGUGGGAGCCACGGGUCCGGCUCCCCCUCGCAGCCGGAUGCCGACUCGCAUUUCGAGCAGUUGAUGGUGUCCAUGCUGGAAGAGAGGGACCGUCUUCUGGACACGCUGAGGGAGACUCAAGAAACCCUGGCGUUGACGCAGGGCAAGUUACACGAGGUUGGUCACGAGAGAGACUCCUUGCAGAGGCAGCUCAAUACGGCGCUUCCACAGGAGUUUGCAGCACUUACUAAAGAACUGAACGUGUGCAGGGAACAGCUGCUUGAGAGGGAAGAGGAGAUCGCUGAGCUGAAAGCAGAGAGGAACAACACCAGGCUGCUGCUGGAGCAUCUGGAGUGCCUGGUCUCCCGGCACGAGCGGUCCCUCAGGAUGACGGUGGUCAAGAGGCAGGCGCAGUCCCCAGCCGGCGUGUCCAGCGAGGUGGAGGUUCUCAAAGCACUGAAGUCGUUGUUUGAGCACCACAAGGCCCUGGACGAGAAGGUGAGGGAGCGAUUACGAGUAGCACUUGAAAGGUGUAGUUUGUUAGAAGAAGAAUUAGGUGCCACACACAAAGAGCUAAUGAUUCUUAAAGAACAGAAUAACCAGAAGAAAACACUUAUGGACGGGGUGCUUGAUGAAAACCACGAGCAGGAAGACACGCCGAGCGCCAAUGGGAAGCGGUCUUCCGACGGUUCUCUGAGCCACGAGGAGGACCUGGCCAAAGUGGUGGAGCUCCAGGAGGUCAUAGACAAGCAGGCGAGGGAGCAGACCCAGAUGAAGGAGCGCCUGGCAGCCCUCUCUGCGCGCGUGACCGAGCUGGAGGGGGACCUGGACACGGCCAGGAAGGACCUCAUCAAGUCCGAGGAGGCGAACACCAGGCUGCAGCGGGACGUCCGCGAGGCCAUGGCCCAGAAGGAAGACAUGGAGGAGAGAAUCACUACUCUGGAGAAACGCUACCUCGCCGCACAGCGGGAAGCCACCUCUGUGCACGACCUCAACGAUAAACUUGAAAAUGAAAUUGCAAAUAAGGAUUCUAUGCAUCGACAGACGGAGGAUAAGAACCGCCAGUUGCAAGAGCGCCUGGAGCUGGCGGAGCAGAAGCUGCAGCAGACCCUGCGCAAGGCGGAGACGCUGCCCGAGGUGGAGGCCGAGCUGGCGCAGCGCGUGGCCGCGCUCUCUAAGGCCGAGGAGAGACAUGGCAACAUCGAGGAGCGGCUCCGCCAGAUGGAGGCGCAGCUGGAAGAGAAGAACCAGGAGCUGCAGCGGGCGAGGCAGAGAGAGAAAAUGAAUGAAGAGCACAAUAAGCGCUUAUCCGACACUGUGGACAAGCUGCUUUCAGAAUCCAACGAGAGGCUCCAGCUUCACCUUAAGGAGAGGAUGGCCGCCCUGGAGGACAAGAAUUCUCUCGUACGUGAAGUGGAAAAUGCAAAAAAGCAGCUGGAAGAAGCGCAGCAUGAUAAGGAUCAGCUGAUGCUAAAACUGGAAGCGCUGCGAGCUGAGCUGGACCAGACGAGGCUGAGAGGGGCUCCCCUUCACCACGGCCGACCCCACGUGGGCAGCGUCCCAGACUUCCGGUUCCCGGUGGCAGACGGGCCCGAGGACUCCUACAGCAGCAGCGCGGUGUUGCGGCGCCCCCAGAAAGGCCGGCUGGCAGCUCUCCGCGACGAGCCUUCCAAGGUGCAGACUCUGAACGAGCAGGACUGGGAGCGCGCCCAGCAGGCCAGCGUGCUGGCAAACGUGGCCCAGGCGUUCGAGAGUGACGUCGACGUGUCCGACGGCGAGGACGACAGGGACGCUCUGUUCAGCUCGGCAGCCCUGCUGUCGCCCGGUGGGCAGGCCGAUGCCCAGACCCUGGCCAUGAUGCUGCAGGAGCAGCUGGACGCCAUCAAUAAAGAGAUCCGGCUGAUUCAAGAGGAGAAGGAGAACACGGAGCAGCGGGCGGAAGAGAUUGAGAGCAGAGUGGGCAGUGGGAGUUUGGACAGUCUUGGUCGUUUUAGAUCAAUGAGCUCCAUCCCCCCCUAUCCUGCUUCCUCGAUCGCCGGCUCCUCGCCUCCCAACAGCGGGCGGUCCACCCCGCGAAGGAUGCCGCACAGUCCGGCGAGGGAGGUGGACAGACUAGGUAUCAUGACUCUGCUGCCCGCUUCCCGAGAAGAGGUACGAGACGACAAGACGACCAUCAAAUGUGAAACCUCCCCCCCUGCCUCCCCGCGGUCUCUGCGGCUGGACCGGCUGCACAAGGGGGCACCGCACACCGUCAGCCACGAGGACAUCAGGGACGCACGGAACUCCACAGGCUCUCAGGACGGCCCCGUGAGCAAUCCCAGCAGCAGUAACAGCAGCCAGGACUCGCUCCACAAAGCCCCUAAGAAGAAAGGCAUCAAGUCCUCCAUUGGCCGCUUGUUUGGCAAGAAAGAAAAGGGCCGACCUGGACACCCCGGCAGGGAGUCCUUCGGGCAAGCUGGCGUUUCAGAGAUAGAAAACUCAUCUCAGGAUGCCUUGGGGCUCAGCAAAUUGGGAGGACAGGCUGAAAAAAAUCGUAAACUGCAAAAAAAGCACGAGCUGCUCGAGGACGCGCGGAGACAAGGCCUGCCUUUUGCCCAGUGGGAUGGGCCGACGGUCGUCGUGUGGCUGGAGCUCUGGGUGGGGAUGCCCGCGUGGUAUGUGGCCGCCUGCCGGGCCAACGUGAAGAGCGGGGCCAUCAUGUCCGCGCUGUCGGACACCGAGAUCCAGCGGGAGAUCGGCAUCAGCAACCCCCUGCACAGGCUCAAGCUGCGGCUGGCCAUUCAGGAGAUCAUGUCCCUGACCAGUCCCUCGGCGCCCCCGACCUCAAGGACGACCACAGGAGAUGUCUGGUUAACGCACGAGGAGAUGGAAACGCUCCUGGCCUCGCCCCACACGACCCUGGCCUACGGGGACAUGAACCACGAGUGGAUCGGCAACGAGUGGCUGCCCAGCCUGGGCCUCCCGCAGUACCGCAGCUACUUCAUGGAGUGCCUGGUGGACGCGCGGAUGCUGGACCACCUGACCAAGAAGGACCUCCGCGGGCAGCUGAAGAUGGUCGACAGUUUCCACAGAAACAGUUUCCAGUGUGGAAUUAUGUGCCUGCGAAGGUUAAAUUAUGACCGAAAAGAACUGGAGAGAAGAAGAGAAGAAAGCCAGAAUGAACUAAAAGACGUGCUCGUCUGGAGCAACGACCGCGUCAUCCGCUGGAUCCUCUCCGUUGGCCUCAAGGAGUACGCCAACAACCUGCUCGAGAGCGGCGUGCACGGCGCGCUCCUGGCCUUGGACGAGACCUUCGACUUCAGCGCUCUGGCCCUCUUGUUACAGAUCCCCACGCAGAACACCCAGGCUCGUGCUGUCUUGGAAAGAGAGUUUAACAACCUUUUGGUCGUGGGGACUGACAGGCGGUUUGAUGAGGACGACGACAAAAGCUUUAGGAGAGCACCCUCCUGGAGAAGAAAGCUCAGACCGAAGGACGUGCGUGGUGUGGCCGCCGGGUCCUCAGAGGUCCUCCCCGCGGACUUCCGGGCCACCUCCCCUCUGUCCUCACCCCCCCUGCAGCCAAAGAAGGCGCAGCCGGACGGCGGCGUGUCGGGAUCGCAGAGGCUGGAUUCUGCCACAGUCAGGACUUACUCCUGCUGAAGCCCCGCCGGCUACCCCCACUACUUCUACCGCUGACGCGCAGCCGUGGCCCAGCAGAGACCCUCCACCCCGAUGGACUCGUCCGUCUGUUCAUACUUGUUAUAUGGACCCGGAGAUAUUUUAUUACAGAGUUUUUAAUUAGAGAAAAAUUCAUGAAUACCCUAGAGAAAAUAUUUUAGAAUUUAAUGUUUCUUAUAUUUAUGUAAACUUAUGACUUCAUUUAUAUAGCUACUUACUUUUUCAUGUAUAUCCAGGCUAUAAAUAUCCUUUCAAAUCCGUUCAUGUUCUUAUAUCUGAUUUUAGUCUUUCAAAUGAAUGUGCGGUAAGGCUUGUAUGUAUAAAUCUUAUGAACAAAUAUAGGGCUUUUGUAAAUUGUGCGUUUUAUUGUAAUUAUCAUUGUUUAAUUUUUUAAUAAUAAACCGCCACAGAGGAAAGGAUUUUACUGCGUUUGUAAAAUCAAGACACAGUUGCACUAACCUUCACACCAUGUGACUCGGCUCUGCAACAGUCGUUUUGAAGUGAGCCAACCUAAUUUCAAGCAGUUGUUACAUUUUAAGGACUGACCUUAACUGUACUUUUUCUAGCAAGAAAAGCUUUACUCUGCAGCGUGGAGAGAUGAAUACUGGGUGUUAAGUGUCUAAUAAAAUCUGGACCGGAAGCGUUGUCAGAACCCUCCGCAAAGCUCUGUGGACCGCUUACCUCCUCCCCAGCCUGGUCUCCGGGGGCCCGGCGGGGGCUGGGGAAAGAGACCCGGUGGGCUGGGCCCCGCGCCCGCCCCUUCCAGCACCUUCCUUCCAGCACCUUCCCAGACCUUCCCGCGCUCCUCCUGCGGGCAGGCGGGGUCAGGCCCCGGCAGACGCUCUGAGAGGACCAAUGGCGGAGCCCUUCGUGAAGCGAGAGACCCUGGAAAUAAUGCGACGCGACCCUAAUAAAGGCCUUAUUUUUCUUACGUAAAUCCUCUCUUUACAUCUGUUUGUAAACAGGUUUAAAGACGGACCUAGUCGUUCAUUUUUAGAUUUUGACGAUAUAGCCAUUUUGGAUUGUAUAAGUAGCAAAUGUAACUUUUAUCUUUUAAGUGGCAUAUUAAAAGCCAGCAGGAACUGUGUUCAGAUCGCGGUGCAUUAUUUAUUAUGCAGCUGAUAGGGAGAGACACCUGUCUUCUUGCCUUUGGUUUCUGCUUUCAAUCUACUUGUACAAUUCCUUGUCGCCAUUCUGUUUUUCUAGUAAUCUUUUGGGAACUUGCUGAUUAUGUAACAAAGUAUAUGUACAGUCUACUUUUGAACUAUUUUUAUCACAGUGUUAUUUAUUGCUUUCUUUCAAUAAAGUACUGAAGCGUUU